GGGUGGCGGUGCGGGCUUUGUCGGCGGGCAGGCGUUUCGCCGCGGGCGUACCGAAACUUGUGACAAGAAGGUGACUCGGAAGCCUGAAUUUCUGAGGAUGGAAAUCUGCCCAAGACUAUGUCCGAAACACUCACAGUGAUGGAGCCCCCUGCCUCUGAGUCUGGGGCAUUCCCUGAACCCAGAUUAGGGGGGCUGUUGGGAAACCCAGAAGGGCAGAGCCUGCGGAGCUGCCCCCCUCAGGAGGGCAGUUUCAGGGGGGUGACGGUUACCCAUUGGAAGAUCCAAGCAGGAGAGGCAGCUCGGGUGGGCAGUAAAUCAGGAGAAGGCCCAGUUCUGAGCUCAAACCUCCUUCUCCUCCAGAGAGAGCUUGUGGAAGGGGAAGCCCACCAGUGUGAGAUUUGUGGCAAAAGCUUUACAUUUAACUCGGACCUAGUUAGACAUCAGAUUUCUCAUGCUGGGGAGAAACCUUACAGAUGUGAGCAGUGUGGGAAAAGCUUCAGCCAGAGCUCCCACCUUGCUGAGCAUCAGAGAGCUCACACUGGAGAAAGACUCUAUGUGUGCAACAUGUGUGGAAAGGACUUCAUUCACUAUGCAGACCUUGCUGAGCACCAGAGAGCACAUGCAGGAGGAAAGCCAUUCCGAUGCAUGCAGUGUGGGAGAGCCUUCCAUCACAGCUCAGACCUGGUUCGGCACCAGCGAAUUCAUACCCGGGAGAGGCCUUUCGAAUGCAAGGAGUGUGGGAAAGGCUUCAGCCAGAGCUCCUUGCUUAUUCGCCAUCAGAGAAUUCACACAGGAGAAAGACCUUAUGAGUGUAAUGAGUGUGGAAAAUCCUUCAUUAGGAGCUCAAGCCUUAUUCGACAUUAUCAGAUCCACACAGAAGUGAAACAGUAUGAAUGUAAGGAGUGUGGGAAGGCCUUCCGUCAUCGCUCAGACCUCAUUGAACAUCAGAGAAUUCACACUGGAGAGAGGCCCUUUGAAUGUAAUGAAUGUGGGAAAGCCUUUAUUCGGAGUUCAAAGCUUAUUCAACAUCAGAGGAUCCAUACUGGGGAAAGGCCUUAUGUGUGCAAUGAGUGUGGGAAGCGCUUCAGCCAGACAUCAAACUUUACCCAGCAUCAAAGAAUUCACACUGGAGAGAAACUCUAUGAAUGUAACGAAUGUGGGAAAGCUUUCUUUUUGAGUUCGUACCUUAUUCGACACCAGAAAAUCCACACUGGAGAGAGAGUGUAUGAAUGUAAGGAAUGUGGGAAAGCUUUUCUCCAGAAAGCCCAUCUCACUGAACAUCAGAAAAUCCACACUGGGGAUAGGCCUUUUGAAUGUAAGGACUGUGGGAAAGCUUUCAUUCAGAGUUCCAAGCUGCUUCUACAUCAGAUUAUUCAUACCGGAGAAAAGCCUUAUGUAUGUAGUUACUGUGGGAAAGGCUUUAUUCAGAGGUCAAACUUCCUUCAACACCAGAAAAUUCAUACUGAAGAGAAACUCUAUGAAUGUAGUCAGUAUGGGAAAGACUUCAGCUCAACCCCAAACUUUAAAAAUAAUCAAGGUGUUCACCAAGAAGGACUUCCUUUGAGUAAGACCACCAUACAUUUGGGUGAGAAGUCUGCAGGUCAGGGGGAACAUAUAGAUAACUUAUAAAAUAACGACUCUCCAACUCAGUGAGUGAUAUUUAGAAGGGAGUGGAAUGAGUCCUAACUCAUGAUUUUGGAGGUGUCAGCGUUUUCCAAAGUCCUAGGCAGGGCUGCUUUCAGAGUGGGCUGUCACCCACCACUGUGCAGCAGCACUGGGGUGCUGUCCUCCACUACGAACAUGUGACAUCAGGAGAGCCACGUGACUGGACAGCUGGCUUUGAGCUGGAACAAUGCUGGGGGAUGGGCUAGGUCUCAAGCUUUCUAUAUGUUAUUGCACAAUUACAAUUCAUCCAAGUUAAAAAUCCUUUUUAAAGCAGAACUAUGUAUCUUAAUACUUAAAAAAAGAAUAUCAUGUGGUAAGUUUUGAUCUAUCAAAAAGGCAAGUUGGAGAAAGACCUUUGUUAUUUAAAACCACACGUUGGUUCCCGAUUGUCCUUAGGAUAAUUUCCAAGCUCCCAGUCCUGCUUUCUAAGGCCUUUUGCUUCCUGGCGUUUCAUCUCCCACUGCUUAAUCUCCUGCCACAUGGUUGGCGCUGCAGCAACACUAACUGCUUGACAUUCCCACUUAAGCCAAGCUGCGCCUGCAUCCUUCUCUUUGUCCUUGUUUGAAUGCUCUCCACUCCACACCUGGAUAAUUCCUCAUCAGGAGUCAAGACCCAUCUCAGGCAUCAUGUCAGGCUCAACCAGUUACCCCUCUGUGCUUGCGUUGCUAUGAGCACUUCCAUUACUGCACUCACUUCAGUAUAUCAAAAUUAUGUUUUUAUUUACCAUCUCUUUCAUUAUUACACUACUAAUUCCUUCAGGACAUGGUCAUAGUUGAUUAUGUGUCCCUGGUACCUAGUGCAAGGCAAUAAAAAGCACACCCAAAUCUGUGUGUAAUUGGCUCUUCUCUUGCUUUGUACUGCUGUAGUUUAAAUUUUUGGAUUUUGUUGUUUUCUAACAGUAUAAUUUACUGGUCUACUGGAAAUAUCUUCUCUCAGCCCUGUUGAUGUCUUCUGCCUAUAUGUAACUCAGAAGUUGUAAGCAGUAGCUAGUGGAAGACUAGCACGUCUCAUAUUUAUGCCUUUAGAGCUCACCCAUGACAGUCUACUUGCUUUUGGGGAGUGUUGCCUUCACCUGGUCGCCUGCAUAUCUUUCUAAUCCACUCAAGGGGCACACAGUCCCAGUGCACUGCUCAAGGUUUUCUGUCUCAGCAGUUCCAUGAUUGACCUCUUCUGGUCACUUUCCCCGCUUUCUGGCUCACUUUGUCAUUUAUCUGAAAAUGUAUUGAUCUAGAAGGACCAGGGCUGAACACUUAGGAAACAGAUGAAAUUUUGGGGUCUGAUGGAGAAGACAAAGAUCACUGCACAGAGCUAAGUGCUGAAGAAGUUCCACAUUGUGUAGGAGCAUAGGUAAGGAGGGGACUAAUUUGGUGUGGAGGAUCUGGGCCGGCUUCACAGAAGAGGUGACCCCAGAACUGAGAAAGAGCCAUUCAGCUAGAGAAGAGGAUGACCUGGGAGAGGAAUCUGCAGAUAAGGUACAGCAGACACCUCUUUGGGGAGCUGUAAUACACAGUACAUAAUGGUCUACCCAACUUUCAGCUGCUGCCUCUGAUUUUCUUUUCUCUGAACAUGAACCAAAACAACCAGUUUUGAAAUGACAUGAACCAGUUUUUUUGCCUGUGAGGGCAUAUUCUGAGUUCUUAAAUUCCAGCAACACUAGCCUUCAGGGGGUAAGUGAUAAAGAGGGGCAUACAGUACUACAUUUUCUGGAAAAUUCCUCAUUACUAGAGAUGUUUCAAAUGGUGCAGAAGAGAUAUUACCAGACCAUUUCAGUCAACUUCGGUGACGUCCAGUUUCCAUACAGUAAAACACCUAUUUAAAGUGUACAGAGCUUUGAGAAACCAUAUACCUGUGUAACCACCAUUAGAAUAAAGAAAAAUAACAUUCUUAUCACCCAAACAUGUUCCUUUUGCCCUUUCCCAGUUAAUCCCACCCUAGUCCCAAGUACCUGCUUUGGGUCAGUGUAGAUUAGUUUUGCUUGUGGGGCAUCACAUAAAUGGACCCAUACAGUAUGUAAUUCUGUGUGUCUUGACUUCUUUUGCUUUGGCAUGUUUUAAAGAUUCAACCAAGUAGUUAUGUGUUUGGGUAUCUCUCUGCUGAGUAGUGUUCCAUUGUAUGGACAAACCUUUGUUAAUCAUCCACCUGUUGAUAGAAAUUUGGGUUUCCAGAUUUGGCUUUUAUGAAUAAAACUGCUA